AUGUUAGUGUCCACUGACUGUAAACACGGAUUCAACUCUGCUCCACUGCAGAGGAUUUCACACCGUGUCCUGCUGGAUCUGAUCUGCUACUUUCACUUUCUAACCAGAGCAGUUCAUGUAAAAAAAAAAAAAAAAAAAAAAAGUAGUAGAUUUCCUGGAUGGAAUCGGACAGUCUGCUGGGCAGCAGUGUGAACGGAGCCUCCGGGCAGUAUGGCUCUGGCUCUGGGUCCGGGUCCGGGUCGGGCUCGGGGCACGGAGGGGCACCGGGUAGCAGACGGAUGUCAUACUCUGUGGCCGGACAGUCGUGCAAUGUGGAGGGAGACGCAGAUGAUGACCUCUACAUUCAACAAGCUGUUGUAUUCAUCGAGGACGCCAUACAGUAUCGAUCCAUCAACCACCGGGUGGAUGCCAAGUCGCUCCGCCUGUAUCGAUGGUACUACUCGAGGAUAUGCCAGUGGGGUUUGGGCCUGAAUAUCGCCGUGCUGUUGUUACUGGCUUUCGUGGAGCGACCGUCCUCCCUGUCUAUCACCUCGGAUCCUCGCUAUCGCCACUCUUCGCCCUGGGAGCCUCCUUGCGGCCUCACAGAGAGCAUCGAGAUAGUUUGCCUCCUCAUUUUCUCUCUUGAUCUCGCCGUCAAGAGCUAUUUGAUUGGAUGGGAGGAAUUCAGGAAGAGCAAAUGGCUCAUCGGCUACACUGUGGUCAUUUCAAUCUCUGUAAUCGACUGGGUGCUGUCUGUCAGCAUGGUGUGUGAUGAGAAACUGAGAGUACGGCGACUCAUCCGGCCGUUCUUCCUCCUGCAAAACUCCUCUCUGAUGAAAAAGACGCUCAAAUGCAUCAAGAGGACUCUUCCAGAGAUUGCCAGUGUCAUCCUGCUGCUGGCGCUUCACCUCUGUCUCUUCACUAUGAUCGGCAUGCUGCUGUUCGCUAAAACAGAGGAACCAGAGAAGAACGAGGAGUGGAGGCUGCAUUUCAGAGACCUGCCCAGCUCCCUCACCUCUCUGCUGGUGCUGCUCACAACAGCCAACAACCCGGACGUAAUGAUCCCCGCCUACACCCUCAACAGAGCUUACGCCAUUUUCUUCAUCACCUUCAGUGUCAUCGGAACGUACUGUCUUAUGAACUUACUGACAGCCAUCAUCUAUAACCAGUUCAGAGGGUAUUUACUGAUGUCGGUCCAGACCUCCAUCAUCAGGAGGCGACUGGGGAUCCGAGCUGCUUUCCAAAUCCUCAGCUGCCAGGGAGCUCAACAGGCUGCUGAGGAGAGUGUGCGUGUUGAUGCGGUGCUGCAGGUGAUGUCCAGGGUCAAGAUGAAGAGCUACUACCGAACGGCCAUCACUACGGAGGUGCAGCAGCAUCACAGUGUGGGCUUCAUGGACAGAGAGCAGUUUAGGAAGAUAUUUGAUGAACUGGACAAAGACUGCAUUAAAGAGCAUCCUCCCUUGCCCCAUUACAACUCUCCAGUCCUGCAGAGGCUACAGGUGUUCUUCAGUCACUACUAUCUCACUAUACUUGGCAACGCGGUGGCACUGGCUAAUGUCAUGUGCAUCUGUACUGUUCUCGUGCUAAAUUCUGAAAAGUCCACAGCAGAGAGAGACAACUUCAUCAUGGAGAUCAUCAACCUGUGCUUCAUCCUCUACUACCUGUUUGAAAUGUGUGUGAAGAUCUUUGCAUUUGGCUGGAGAGGAUAUCUCUCCUACAGGAACAACAUCUUUGAUGGCUUCCUCACCAUCCUGCUACUGGUCCUUCAGAUCACUAUAUAUGUCACCUACAGGCUUCCUUAUUCUCACUGGGACCCGUCCGCUCAUGGUGUGAUGUCUCUGUGGGAGAUGGUUCGAUUGGUCAACAUGCUGAUUGUCUUCCGCUUCCUGCGCAUCAUCCCAGACAUCAAGCUCAUGGCUUUGGUUGCGAGUACACUGCUGGACCUGGUGAAGAACCUCCGAGCCUUUGCAGGGAUCCUGGUGGUGGUGUACUAUGUGUUUGCUGUGUUUGGGAUCUGGCUGUUUGAAGGAGCCAUUAAACCACCAUCACAGAAUAGUGUAAUCUCCAAUACGACCAUGGAGAACGUCACCACUAACUUCACCGUGGAGUGCGGCACCUAUGAGCAGCUGGGCUACUGGCCUAACAACUUUGAUGACUUUGCUGCCGCCAUCAUUUUGCUCUAUGAUGUGAUGAUAGUCAAUAACUGGCAGGCCUUCAUGGAUGCGUACAGCAGAUACACCACAGAGUGGUCAAAGAUCUACUUUGUGUGCUGGUGGCUCACCUCCUCUGUCAUGUGGGUCAACUUGUUCGUGGCGCUCAUCUUAGAGAACUUCAUUUAUAAGUGGGACCGCAGUCACAGCUGCUCUGUUACAGAUGUGGAGAGGAUCAGAUAUGAAACUUCUGUUCAGCUCAUGUUCAAAGAGCAGAUCCAGGAGCCGACAGAAGAGGAAUUACUUUGUCAGCUACACCAGCACCCCCACCUACACCUACACUGGUGACACACACACACAAACCAGCACACACAGAGAACAUCAGCACCUGUCUGCAGUAAAAAAGUCAGACUCUGAGACUUUGCUGCUGAAGCUUUAUGAGAGUCUAUAUCACAACAAUCUGCUUGUAUUUUAUUGUGAUUUUGUAUUAUUGUACUACUGAAAGCAGUAGAAAGCACAUGUUUGUAUUUGUCAUGUUGUUCAUUGAGUAAAAACCACUGCCAGCUGCAGUUGUAGUUGUAUAAAGAUGUCUGACUGGUUGAGACACUGGAGACGAUAUCAUUGGUUGGGUAUACAAGCAGUGGGAGGAGUUAAGGAACCAAUUCUAUACUACAUACCACUACUAAACAGUAUGUACUAUUUUAGUAGUAUACAAUAAAUGUAUCAAACUGUGAUCCUGCUACUGCAAAAUUCACAUAGAAAAAGCACAUUUACAAAUGUUAACUAUGCUUUUUGUUUACCAAGUCUUCGUACCACCACCCAUAAUUAUUAAUAUAAUUAAAGAUUAUAGUUGAGAAGAGCCUCCAGAGUAGAUUUUUCUGUACCAGAUAUAACCAUAGAACUAAACCUGAAGAGAUUUUCUCUGUUAAAGGUUAAACCAUUAAAAUUCCAUUAGUGUUACGCCUGUCACUGUCAUUUCUGCUGACCUUGAUAUCGCCCGUUGUGUUUAUAUGCGUGUUUGUUUACUGAAGAGAGGAGUGUAGGUAGUGAUUGGUCGAGAAAGAGAGAGACAGAGAGAGAGUAACUGUUCUGAAGUCAGCAGCUGUGAAUAAAUAAAUAAAUCCUAGCAUGGCCAGGCUCAUCUAAGGUGGACCGACCUUUAAGGUGGACCGACCUUUAAGGUGGACCAUCUAUUCUCAUUGUAGUUACAAUCUCAUCUCCUGAGUUGUAAAUUAGUUUUUUUCUUUUUUUAUGACAAACAGAAAUGGACUCGUGUAUAUGAACUAUUAAAACUCAUAAAAAAAAACCUUUUUGUGAGCAUCACACUCAACCCAACAUAAAAAAAUGGCUCCUGACAUUUCUAAAAAAACUAAUUCUCCUAAAACUCUUCACUCCCACUAUUAUUAUGCUGGGUAUGUGGGCCAUGUAUGUAGUCUUCAAAUAUUGUAUAAGUGAUAAAGGUGAAAUUGGGGGUCCUGGUACCUCUCAAAUAGGAAAGUAGGGUACUUGAACCAAUAUUACCAUGCAACUGCAAUUUUGGCAUAAAAUGGUCUUAAAAUGACAAUAAUAUCAUUUAUAGUGAUUAUUUCUCAGACAAUAUAUCGUCCAAUAAAAGUAGUUAUCGUGACAGGUCUAAUUACGUUUUUUUGAGUUUGCAU